ACAGGAAUGAGGUCUCACAGGUGUCUGCUGCUACCAUGAAAAAGAAGGCGGUCGGCGGCAGCGGGUGCAGCCACAUCAGCGCACCCAAGGAGACUGUCGCAUCCAAAUGCUCGAGAGGCAACAGCGGACAGAACUGCGCGGAGCCUGGUGGUUCACCCGGUGCGCCAAGCGGCGAGCAGCCCGGUGUGAGCAGCAGCGUCAUGAUGGACGAGAUGGAGGAAGGAGAAGAAGAGUCCAAGUUCCAGCAUCCGCGUUUGCGCCGAGCCGGGGGGAGCGGCAGCAGCGGAGGUGGAGGAGAAGGAGGCGGAGGCAGUAUCAGGAUGAAGAACUUUACGCCAGGAGGGGGAGCCGCGUCCUCGGCUUCCAGGAGAAACUCCAACAAGGAGCCCAGCCUUACGCACACAGAGGACGUUCCUGCCGCCUCACGGCCCACUGCUGCCUCCAGAGCCACCGAGACACCCUGUCCGGGCAAUGCUGCCCGACGCGGCGAGAUCAACCGAGCGUCUGGGGCGGAGGUGUCGGGAUCUACUGCCACGUUAGAGGCUUUAAACGCGACAACGAGUGAUGGUUGCAGGGGCGUCGCUCCCAUUUCCAGCAUGAAAUGCAACAAAAACGGAGAAUGCAGAAGGGACUCGGGGACCGGGAGCCUGCGCUCAAUAAUCUCCAAGCAGGAGAAGCAACCAGCGGGGUCGGGGAGAACCGAGGAAGGAGGGGGUGCCAAACGAGGAGCCUGUAACUCGACCACCGCUAUGGACGGUUCGAUCACACCAGGCCGGUCUCUAACCGGAGGGCAAGGAGGGGAGAACACAAACCCCGGGACCACCUCCGUGUCCAGCGGUGUCCCUGAGAAAAAGGACUCCAAGGUGUCCUUCUCUAACGCACCAAGUCGAAAAGCAUCUUCCUCGCUGCACGGCCAGACUCAGACUCAGACCCAACAGCCAAGGAACUCUGUAACUUUCCAGAAACCGGAGGAUGGACCGCCAAUUGUGCCAGCCGAGGAUGCAGAACCUCGAGGCAGCCAAGCCAGCUUCAUGCAGCGGCAGUUUAGUAGUAUGCUGCAGCCUGGAGUUAACAAAUUUUCCUUACGCAUGUAUGGUAGUCAGAAAGCUGUAGAAAAGGAGCAGGAGAGGGUAAAAUCAGCCGGAAACUGGAUUAUCCACCCUUACAGCGAUUUCAGGUUCUACUGGGAUUUUUCAAUGUUGCUGUUCAUGGUGGGCAACCUGAUCAUCAUUCCCGUGGGCAUCACCUUCUUCAAGGAAGAGACCACCACGCCCUGGAUCAUCUUCAAUGUAGUCUCCGACACCUUCUUCCUCAUGGACCUGGUGCUCAACUUUCGCACUGGAAUCAUCAUUGAGGACAACUCGGACAUUAUUUUGGACCCUGAAACCAUAAAAAAGACAUACUUAAAAACUUGGUUUAUUGUAGACUUUAUCUCCUCCAUCCCAGUGGAUUAUAUAUUCCUUAUAGUGGAGAAAGGGAUUGACUCAGAGGUGUACAAGACCGCCCGGGCCCUGAGGAUUGUUCGCUUUACCAAGAUCCUAAGUCUUCUGAGGCUGUUGAGGCUCUCCAGAUUAAUACGUUACAUUCACCAGUGGGAAGAGAUCUUCCACAUGACCUAUGACCUGGCCAGCGCGGUGAUGCGGAUUAUCAACCUGAUCGGUAUGAUGCUGCUGCUGUGUCACUGGGAUGGCUGCCUACAGUUCCUGGUUCCCAUGCUGCAGGACUUCCCAUCAGACUGCUGGGUGUCCCUCAACAAGAUGGAGAACGACACCUGGUCAGAGCUCUACUCUUUUGCUGUUUUCAAGGCGAUGAGUCACAUGCUGUGCAUCGGUUACGGCCGACAAGCCCCAGAGAGUCUGUCAGAUAUCUGGCUGACUAUGCUGAGUAUGAUUGUAGGAGCUACCUGCUACGCUGUUUUUAUUGGCCACGCAACAGCUCUGAUCCAGUCCCUGGACUCGUCUAGACGGCAGUAUCAAGAAAAGUACAAGCAAGUGGAGCAGUAUAUGUCCUUCCACAAGCUGCCCGCUGACUUCCGACAGAAAAUCCAUGACUAUUAUGAGCACAGAUACCAGGGCAAGAUGUUUGACGAGGAGAGCAUCCUGGGAGAACUCAGUGAACCUCUCAGAGAGGAAAUUGUCAACUUCAACUGUCGCAAGCUGGUAGCGUCCAUGCCACUUUUUGCCAACGCAGAGCCAAACUUUGUGACAGCCAUGCUGACGAAGCUCCGCUUUGAGGUAUUCCAACCACAAGACUACAUCAUAAGGGAAGGCACCAUCGGCAAAAAAAUGUACUUCAUCCAACACGGGGUGUGCAGCGUCAUAACCAAAGGGACGCUUGCAAUGAAGCUGUCAGAUGGCUCUUAUUUUGGAGAGAUCUGUUUACUGACAAGAGGCCGACGAACAGCGAGCGUUCGAGCAGAGACGUACUGUCGGCUCUACUCUCUGUCUGUCGACCACUUCAAUGAGGUGCUGGAGGAGUAUCCCAUGAUGAGACGAGCCUUCGAGACGGUUGCCAUUGAUCGUCUUGACCGAAUAGGUAAAAAGAACUCCAUCUUGAUGCACAAGGUUCAGCAUGAUCUCAACUCUGGUGCUUUCAACAACCGGGAGAAUGAGAUGAUCCAGGAGAUUGUCAAGUAUGACAGAGAAAUGGUGAAACUGGUGGACCUUCAGCGGCCACGGGCCAUGUCUAUGACCCCCUCCAUUGGUGGAAUCUUUGCCCCUCCGGGUCAGCCGCAAUCAGGCUCUGCAAUCGCCACCCUCCAGCAAGCUGUGGCGAUGAGUUUCUGCCCUCAGAUGGCUAGUCCACUGGUGGGUCCAGGCACCCUGCAGUCUCCACGCAUGGUGCGAAGGUUUCAGGUGAUGCAGAACCUAUCGAGUCCGAUCUCUAUGUCUCCUCUUCAGUCCCAGCCUCCCCAGACACCUGGAGGGGCAUUUGGAUCUGCAAUCUCCAGUCCACCGGUCCAAAGCCCCCUCACAGCUACAGGUCGGACUUUUCAGUACAUGGCAAGUGUAGGACCAUCUGGGUCCCAGUUGUCCCUUGUGCAGCACCAUGCACCCAGUCCCACACAGACCCAGCAGAGGCCUGCCUCACACAAAAGCACCCACUCUCUUCAUACAGACAACUUGAGCCAAGACACUCGGGCUCUAUCUGCCUCCCAGCCUUCACUUCCCCAGGAGGGAACACCACAAGCUUCCUCUGCAGCCCCCAGCCCUCCCCCCUCCACCCGCACCUCCAACUCCUCCAUCGGCCCCCCUCAGCCCCCUCACCAUAGCUUGCCGGGGCCCUCAGGGGUGGGGAGACCGGCGGGAGCUCAGCAGAGGGUUGCCUUUGCCUCCACACCCCCUCCUGGUGGACCUACUUGCAUGGGGGCAGUAGCAGCAGCUGCUGGAUCAGGAACUCCAGACUCUGCAGUUCCCAAGAAAGAUUCGAUUGUCAGCCUUCCGGAGCUAGACUCUGCCAGAUCCCGGCUUUCUUCCAACUUGUGACCCUGGAGGACUUCAGGAACGAGGCCUUUUUUUCGUAGGAGAAUCUGUUCGGUUAAAGGUCAGUCCAGCUGAUCCCUCAGCUCGCCACUGACUAAUCAGCUACUGCCAGCGCCACCGGUCACUUGACCUGGAUGCACUGUGCGUUGGUCUCAGCAGAAUGAAAAGAGCUACUCGACAUCUAGAAACACUUUGGCAAGAAGGAGUCUAUACAAUUAUACUAGAAUAAAAUUAAGGUUGAACUUGUCUGGUCUGCUGUGCCAGCACUUUUAGUCUUAGUAUCACCCCUUUCACUCUGCUUCCAAACACCUACUGCAUAUCGCUGUCUUUACUGUAAAGAUAUGAAGAAAAGUAUGAUUAAUGUACCUACUGCAUACUGUGUAGAAUCCAUGCAAUGCAAUCUAGCAGGAGCUGGACUUAAAAAUGAAAAUCAGGGACUUGAGGUAAAAUGACAAUGACAUUUUAAGUGUUCAAAAAUGUUUUAAGUGUUUUUUUCUUCCUAUAUACGCUGUCGUAGCAAACGAACUCCUUUUGUUCAAAAUUGUCGUGAAAAUAGUGUUUUAGACCGCUGGUCGAUCUUACAUCAGUGUGUAAAUAAUUGAUGAAAAAGGUGAGGAAGGAUAUUAUAUUCAUCAUAUCUACCCAAAAACCAAAGUUGAGCUUAAACACCAAGUCUGGUUGUGUCUGUAUCAACAACAACAACAACAACAAAAAAGAACAACAAAAAAAAAAGAAA